UAAGGUUCUUUUUAGACACGUCAAUCAAUCACAUUAAAACCUCCAUUUUUGUUCUCUUCUUCACAACUUCAAUCUUCCAUUUUUUCAACCAACACCCAUCUACCACUUUUCCCGUCAAGUCAAAUUUCGCCGGACCACCUCUCCUCUGCCCACGUUCAACUGCGCCGGUGGACCUGAAGCUGAAGGGUGACAACGUUAAACAAUGAGGGACGCCGGAUUCCACCAGAGGUUUUCAAAUUAUGCCGCUUGGGUUUCUCGCCACUUCUCAGAUCAUCUCUUGAAGCCAUCUCUCAAGUCUCCGGCGAGAUUCUCUCUCAUUCUCUUCUUCUCUCUCUUCCUCCUCGCCGGCGCGUUCCUCUCCACGCGUCUCCUCGAUUCAAAUACGGCAGGGGGUAAUUUUAGAGGGAGCAACAACACUUCCCAAAUACCCAAAAUGCCACUCCGUCGACGACAAGUCGAAUUCCCACUCGAUUGCACGUCCUUCAAUAGCGUGAAGCGCGGUGUCUGCCCUGCCAGCUACCCGACCAAUUGGACAUUGGAGGAAGAUCCGAAUCAUCCAGAACCAAUGACGUGUCCGGAUUACUUCCGUUGGAUUCACGAGGACCUGAGACCGUGGGCCCGGACGGGGAUCACGAGGGCCACGAUGGAGGCUGGCCAACGGACGGCGAAUUUCCGGCUGGCGAUAGUGAACGGGAAGGCUUACGUGAAAACUUAUCGGAAGUCGUUUCAGACGAGAGAUACUUUUACGGUGUGGGGGAUCCUACAGUUGCUACGGAGGUACCCUGGGAAAGUGCCUGAUUUGGAGCUGAUGUUUGAUUGUGUUGACUGGCCUGUGAUUUUGACUUCUCAUUUUAGUGGGCCUAAUGGGCCGGCCCCACCUCCUUUGUUUCGUUAUUGUGGAGAUGAUGCCACGUUGGAUAUUGUUUUUCCUGAUUGGUCCUUCUGGGGUUGGCCAGAAAUCAAUAUAAAGCCAUGGGAGCCAUUGUUGAAGGACCUAAUAGAAGGGAACAAAAAGAUCCCAUGGAAGAGUAGAGAGCCUUAUGCUUAUUGGAAGGGAAAUCCGGAGGUUGCCGAAACCCGAAAAGAUCUACUUAAAUGCAAUGUCUCCGACCAACAAGAUUGGAAUGCUCGUGUAUUCACUCAGGAUUGGAUGAAAGAAUCCCAGCAAGGAUACAAGCAAUCAGAUCUUGCAAAGCAAUGUGUUCAUAAGUACAAAAUCUAUAUUGAAGGAUCAGCUUGGUCUGUUAGUGAAAAAUACAUUCUUGCUUGCGAUUCCGUUACAUUACUUGUAAAACCGCGCUACUACGACUUCUUCACACGAGGUCUAAUACCGAUGCAUCACUAUUGGCCCGUCAAGAACGACGACAAGUGCCGGUCUAUCAAAUUUGCAGUUGAUUGGGGCAACAGCCAUCAGCAAAGGGCGCAGGCCAUUGGCAAGGCAGCAGCCAGUUUCAUCCAAGAGGAGCUGAAAAUGGAGUAUGUAUAUGACUACAUGUUUCAUCUCCUAACACAAUACUCUAAACUUCUAACAUUCAAGCCAACGAUACCGCCCGACGCGAUCGAGCUUUGUUCCGAGGCCAUGGCUUGUCCAGCUCAAGGGCUCACUCAAGAAUCCAUGACAGAAUCGUUGGUGGAGAGCCCUGCAGAGACAAGCCCCUGCACUCUGCCGCCGCCAUAUGAUCCGGCAUCGCUUCUUUUUGUUCAUAGUACAAAACAGAGUUCAAUCAAACAAGUGGAACAGUGGGAGACAACUAAAAGUAAGCAGCCAUAGACAAAAACUCAUCUGGGUGUUGUUCUUUAACAUGUUUUCUUCUCAAAGUUCUAAUCUUUUUGUUACCAUUUGAAACAAACGCAUUGAAACUGUGAAAGAUUAAGUGAAAGAAGGAAUGUUGAUAUAGAACUA